AUGGAGGGGCUCAGAAAGACCCGCCAGCCAGAACUUUUCAUGUCACUGAAGAGGGACAUGGCCAUGGCCAAGAAGGCUCGCGAGGACUUGCAUAAGGAGGCUCAGUCCCGCUAUGCCGCCGAGAAAGCUACUGCUGACCUCAAACUGGAUUUUGAGCGUCAGGAUAAAGAAAUGAAGGAGGUGAAGAAGGCUCAUGCGAGUGCGGAGGCCGGCGUUAAGAAUGUCGAAAAGCAAGCCGAGGAGCUGCGCUUAAAGCUCCGUCAAUCUGGGGAAAAACUUGCGGCGGAGCAGCAGGCGGUCUCUACGCUCAAGGCUGAGCUUGCAAGGACCAAGGAGGAGGCCCGUCUGGCCAGGGAGGCCGCUGAGAAGGCUGUAGCGGCCUCGUAUGAGCGUGCAGUGCGUGAUACGGAGGCUAGGAUUGCCGAGGAGGUAGCCAUUGUCUGCAGGGAAUACAUCACCAUGUCCUGGAAUGUAGCCUUGGAUCGGGCAGAUGUUCCAGCAGAUUCUGAUCUCAGGAAGGCUGAGAACAUCUUCUUUCCAGAGGAUGUACACGAAAUCCCUGACGAGGACGCCUCCAAAGAGCCUCAUCCAGCUGACUCCUCUAUUCUCGAGGCCGGGGGCAAUGAGCAGACCGUGCAGGACAAGCCACCUGAGGAUAGCUUCUCUAUCAAUGAGAUCGUCACACAAGCCAAGGGGGUUGCCCCGGGAACCCAAGUAGCUGAGGAUUAG